AAAGAGAAAUUUUUUUAUUAUUAAUGAAAUGAAAGUAAUAAACAAAAUUUAAAAUAUAUAUAAAAAAUUUUACAAAAUUAUAUUUCUAAUAAAACAAAAUAUUGUUGCUGCAAAAAGAAACAAAAUACUGUAAGUUUGAGUAUUUCUUUUCUUAAGUUGGCCAAAACAAGUUUUCAAAUAUUCAAGGAAUUUUCGCUUCUCCAAUCAGACAACAUUGAAACCAAAAUUACUGCAUACUUAUAACAGAAAAAAUAUUUAAGGACUACGCAGCUGUUUUCCAUACAAAGAUUUUCCAGCCUUCUUUUUUCUCUGCAAUUCUAACAUCUGCAUCAACCUGUGAGACCCACUUUCAAGAAACCAUGAAAUGAAAUUUUUGGCAAAUUGAAACUACUAAUGAAAAUUUUUAAAUAAUUUUCAUUAAAACGGCUCAGCGGUACUAAAAAUCUACAAACGAAAUCUCUUAAAUUGUUACGUUAAUCUUCUUAUUACUUUAAUCACAAAUCAUGCAUGAAAGGCGCGUCAAAAAAAUUAAAGGUGGUCACUAUGUGGCCACUCAUGGUCGCUUAACGCCCGAUCCACCAUAUGUUCAUUCGAAUCGUGGCUAUUCCACCGAUGGCGAAGAAUCUCAUCGUGCUCCUUCUGAACGUACAAUGUCCGAGUAUACGAUAGCACACGAACGUACCUCACCUCAGGGCCACUAUCAUUCGUCAAGGAAAACACGCAUUAAUGGUCAUACGAAUGGCUCAACGAAUGGUCAUUAUAAUCAAUCGGUGGUGGAUGGUGGCGGUCCACGGUCAUUAAAUGGUCCACCACCAACACGCCUGCCACCUAGGGCUCCUUCGGCCCUGAGUUAUGAUCAUGGCGGUGAUGCAGGCAGUGAUAUAUAUGUAACGAGUGCUGCUUACAAGGCUCCCUCAGAAAUAAGUCGCUAUAGUCAUCGUCCUCCUUCGAGAGCCCCUAGAAGUGUUUAUUCUGUAGCCAGCACUGCAAAAACUGGUCGUAGUGCUCGCAGCACUACAAAACGUGGGGCUAAAAUUGAAACGAUGUCAGCUCCCAAUCCUUUCUGUCCCAAUGUCAAAGGUGUUUGUUGUUUAAUGCUGUUGCUAAACUUGGGCAUCAUAUUAGUUACGCUGGGCUUUGUGAUUGUGGUGCAAUUGUAUGAACCAUUCUAUGUGUGGAUUCUUGGUAUAAUAUUUUUAAUAUUCGGAUUUUUAACCUUAAUCGGUUGUAUGGUCUAUUGUGUGUAUGUGUGCCGAGAUGCAAAAACACCAUCGCAAGUACGCAACGAAGAUCUCUAUUGGACAAGACACUGGCAAAAGAAUAUUGGUUAUACACCGCAAGAAAUCAAUUAUAAAGCAGAUAAAUAUGAUGCCUAUUCGGAUCGUUAUUCGGUUAGUAAAAUGAGUGGCAAAUAUUCGGAUAGAGAAAGUAAUCGUUAUUGAAAACAUUUCACACACACACACACACCAACGAAACUCAAAAUGUAACGAAAAUUAAGCGAGAAUAUUGAGAAUAUCCAAAAGACAUUUCAAAUAAUAAAAUUAAUUAAUAAUAAAUCAACAAGAAUUGUAUUUAAAACGUACCUGCUGCAAGUGACUUGCUAGUUCGUAUGUUUUCUUUUCUAUAUAAUUUUUUUUCUUUUAAAAUUUAGCUAUUAAGUUUUAAUUAUUAUUUAAACUAUAAAUUAACAACUAAUUUAGUUAAGCUGUAUUAAAAAUUUAAUUUAAAAUCUAUGAGAAUGCCAUAAUAACCAGUAAACGAAAGAAUUUUCAAAAAAAAUCGUUUAUUAACUACAAGUUCAUAAAUAGUUUUAAACUAUUUUUAACAAAAAAAACGGAAGAAUAUAAAACAAUAGUCAAGUAAACACUCAAAUAAAUAAUUUGAAAUUGUUAGAGAAAUAACUCUUGUAUAAAUGUGAAUGUAAACGUACUAAUUUUAAAGAAAUAAAUUU